CCAACAAUUGGCACCCGAACAGCCGGGGUUGGCCUCCCCUGAGGCCGGGAAGUUCUCCGGCCACACGGUCCAAGGGCGGCCCCCUUCACUUGCACCAUGGCCCGAAAUGCAGAAAAGGCCAUGACGGCCUUAGCAAGAUUUCGCCAAGCUCAAUUGGAAGAGGGAAAAGUGAAGGAACGAAGACCCUUCCUUGCCUCAGAAUGUACUGAGUUGCCCAAAGCUGAGAAGUGGAGACGACAGAUCAUUGGAGAGAUCUCUAAAAAAGUGGCUCAAAUUCAGAAUGCUGGUUUAGGUGAAUUCCGAAUUCGUGACCUGAAUGAUGAAAUUAACAAAUUGCUAAGAGAGAAAGGACACUGGGAGGUCCGGAUAAAGGAGCUGGGUGGUCCUGAUUAUGUAAAAGUUGGCCCUAAAAUGCUAGAUCAUGAAGGCAAAGAAGUCCCGGGAAAUCGAGGUUACAAAUACUUUGGAGCAGCAAAAGAUUUGCCUGGUGUUCGAGAGCUAUUUGAAAAAGAACCUCUUCCUCCUCCAAGAAAGACACGUGCUGAGCUCAUGAAGGCAAUUGAUUUUGAAUACUACGGUUACCUAGAUGAAGAUGAUGGUGUUAUUGUGCCUUUGGAACAGGAAUAUGAAAAGAAAUUCAGAGCCCAGUUAGUGGAAAAGUGGAAAGCAGAGAGAGAGGCUCGGCUGGCAAGAGGAGAAAAGGAAGAGGAGGAGGAAGAAGAGGAAGAAAUCAACAUCUAUGCUGUCACGGAGGAGGAGUCUGAUGAGGAAGGCAGCCAGGAGAAAGGAGGCGAAGAUGAGCAGCAGAAGUUCAUCGCCCAUGUCCCUGUGCCAUCGCAGCAAGAGAUCGAGGAGGCACUUGUGCGAAGGAAGAAGAUGGAACUCCUCCAGAAAUAUGCAAGUGAGACCCUGCAGGCCCAGAGCGAAGAGGCCAAAAGGCUCAUGGGAUAUUAGGGCUGAGUGAGGGUGCUCCCUGGGUCUGGAAAACUGUUGGAAAUUCUUCAGCCCCAGCUGGCCCUUGCAUUAACCUACAGGGUUCUGCUGUCCUGGGACUACAGACUGGCAGGCUAGU